UCUAAUGUUGUUGCCAUGGCAAUAUGGGCUCCUAUUCAGAUAGCGGGACAGUUUCAGUGCCUCUGGCUGUGGUAUUCGCACUGUUGGCCCUGUAUGGCCCAGUGCAUCAUAUUCCUGGCAACAGAGCUGGCCUGUCAAUGAGGAAGGAGGGAGGGAGGAGUUUGGUUUGUGGAAGAUGUAUCUCAUGAUCAGCCCUUCAAACAGCCAUAACUCAGCCCCAUGGCACUUGACUAUUGCUCAGUUAACCCUGAGUUAACGCCCUCUGAUCUGUGAAAACUUAAAAAAAAUAUUUAUCCAACAUUGCGUGAGGCAGGGAGGAGGUUUAGUGCGACUUUAUUGGUGGCAUCUUUCUUUUGCAUGUUAAUCAUUUAUGUUUAUGACGCAUGACACGUCAAUCGCUGGUAGAAACAAGAGCCAAAGGUCUCAGAGACAUCAGUACAAAGAAGUCCUCUGUCAAUAUCGCCAGUUCUUAUCUUUCCUUUUAUUUGAAGACAUGGGGGCGCUAACAGGAAGCCUGUUGUUGAUAUCCCUGGUCAGCUUUGUUAGAGCCAACAGCAGUCCUACAAUCAACAGAAACGUCUACUUUGUGUGUGAAGACACCCCCGAAGGUGGCUAUGCAUUUGACAUCAUUGCAUCAGAUGCGGAUAACGACCCCCUGACUUUCUCACUCACUGAUUCUGGUGCUACAUAUUUCAACGUACAGAGUGACACGGGUCGUGUAACAGUGAAAAUGCUACUAGACAGAGAGGCUGGGGACGUAAUGAUGGUUGGAGUUAGUGUCAGUGACCAUAUUAAUAGCAUAAGAGGAUCAUUAACCGUCAUAUUAAACGACACCAACGACAACAGGCCCCUAUUCAAACAGCCUUCUUAUGACAUUGAGAUCCCAGAAAAUACAACUGUGGGUACAUCUCUAUACCAAGUGCAAGCCAGUGAUGCUGACACAGGACUUGCUGCGGUUAUUAGGUACAGCAUCGACGAGGUGACUCCACCUAAUGGAAUUGAAAUGUUUGAAAUAAUUCCAUCAACUGGUUAUGUCACCUUGAAAAAGAAUCUGAAUUUCACCUCGCUGAGCUCCUUCUAUCGAAUGAAGAUUAGUGCAACUGACAGUGGAGGCUCCUGUGCGUUUGAUGAAGUAGUUUUCCAAUCAAGCAGUGUUUUCUCCUUCAUUACGGUCAAGGACGUCCCAGAUCUCGACCCACAGUUUAUCGGCACUCCUUAUGUAGGGAGCAUUGCAGAAUACUCAGCUAUAGGUUCCCCAGUCUUACAGGUGACAGCCAUUGACCAGGAUACAGGGAUUAAUGAUGUUAUGAUCUACACCAUUGAAAGUGCCACUAUAGAGGAUCUGUUCUCAAUAUCUCAAGACAGUGGUUUAAUAUCUGUACAGUCAGUGAUUGACAGAGAAGUUGUUGGUGAUGUCGUAACGCUGACAGUGAAGGCCACUGAGUCCAAACCAAAUAUCAAUGGGCUCCAUUCCAGCACCACAACUAAAGUACAGAUCAACAUCAUGGAUAUCAACAACAACAAGCCGGAGUUUUACAAGUGUGGAAGCACCUGUGUUAAAGCAACUGAAUUCACAGGAGAGGUCUUGGAACAUUCCCUGGGGUCCAUUUCCAUCAACAUGACAGUCAUAGAUCUGGAUAAGAUUUCCCGAACUGAACUGAGUCUAGCGGGAGUUGACAAAGACGUGUUUUCUGUGGAACCUUCAGUCACCAUGUCACAAAGCAUUGUUCAGCUUCUUGUUACGGAGCCCCACAAUCUUGAUUAUGAGAAAAAGCAGCAGAUGAUCCUUCAGGUGAUAGCCAUGGAUGCAGAAACUAAAAACAGCUCCACCGCUACAGUCACUAUAACCAUAAAGGACGCCAAUGACAACAGUCCCAUCUUCCCACAGGACACAUAUAGGUUAGAAAUUCCAGAGCACUCUCCUGAGGGGACGGUUCUGGACACCAUCACUGCAGACGAUCCUGACUCAAUGGAUCAAGGCAACAUCACCUACAGGCUUCUUCCUGACAGCAUACUGCUGUACUUUGACGUUGAGCGGCGCACAGGUAAAGUCUACGUGAAAAACCAAACUCUGUUGGAUCGCGAGGUCAGGUCCCUGUAUUCAGCCACUCUGCAAGCCAGAGACACAGACAACAAACCUGGCUCCACAGUGCUGGAGAUCACUCUGCUUGACAUCAAUGACCAGUCCCCAGUCAUCCCCAGGGAUUCCUACCUAGAGUUUGUUCAAGAGGGUAGUGAUCUUCACCUCAAGAUUGAGGCUACAGAUACAGAUGAACCAAAUACACCAAACAGCCAGAUUUCAUUCAGCAUCGUACCAAGCAACCACAGCAGCAUGUUCUCCAUCGUCGCCAGCACGGGUGUAUUGACAAAUAGUGGCGAACUGGAUCGGGAAGCUCUGGAUCCAGAACUGAGAGGGAGGAUUGAGCUUACUGUUAUGGCCACCGACAAUGGAAGUCCUCCACUGUCCACCACAGUGCCAGUAAUCAUCAAUGUGGAGGACAUCAAUGACAACGCACCAGAAUUUCAAGCCUCAUCUUACAAAUUCUCUGUUAAAGAAGGGGAGAGAGGCAAGUGUGCAUUUGUGGGCUCUGUUCAUGCCGUGGAUCUGGAUCAGACGACAGACUUCAACCGCAUUUCUUUCAGCAUUGUCGAAGGAAGCUUUGGCAGCUUCAUCAUUCGAACCUUUUCUGAUGUGAGCGGCUACAGGGGAAACAUCACUGUGGACCCCGACAUUGAGCUGGACUUCGAGGGCGCCCGCACACAAUACCAUCUGCAGGUGGAGGCGGCAGAUCUGGAGCUGCAGAAAGUUGCUGUGACGGUGGAAGUGAACGUGUUGGAUGUGAAUGACGAGAGGCCUGAGUUCCAGGCAGCAGGGCCCAUCUCUGUGAAGGAAAACACCACCAUGACUGAGAGCCUUGGGAAAUUCAUAGCAACUGAUAAAGAUGGAAACUUUUCCUUGGUCUACGAGCUAGAGUCUGUCACUUGCAUUUGUCAAGACGUGGAAACCCCCUGCAACUGGUUCAUUGUCGACAACGAUGGAGCAGUUCGAGUCAAUCCAGAGGAAACAGUUGACUAUGAGGAAUGUAAACAGGCCAUUGUAGAGGCUCAGGUGAUGGAUGAAUACACAGAGAAAGGGGAAAACAACAGUGCAACAUCAGGAAAAAUGGUGAUCAACAUCGAAGACAUCAAUGACAACACUCCACAGUUCAUCCCCUCCGAUUCUGUAUUUGUUGUUGUGUCAGAAGGCGCAAGCAGAGGGACAUCAGUUGCCAGGGUCACUGCUACAGACAGAGACAUCGGAGAGAAUGGUGAGAUUGAGUUUAGAGUAACAGCUAUUAACUUUCUGGACACAAACAACCAAACGACCAGUAUGAGGCUGGUGUUUGAGGCUGUCACCACUCAACAAAGGGACAUUUUUGUUGGGAUUGUUCAAACCACUGAAGGCCUUGAUUUGACUCUAAAAGGGAGAUAUUUUGUGACAGUCACAGCAACUGAUGGGGGUGGCCUCUUCACCAGCAGUGUGCUCGAGAUUUUCACAGUUGAUGAGUCUUUCAAAGUUGAGCUGCUUUUUUCGAUAUCUGAAAUUGAAAUUGAAAACAAGCGAAGUGAAAUCCUCAGGUAUAUCUUUUUCUUGCAGCACUGUCCGAGGCACUCACAUCUGCCACCACUGCUUCUGUUGAAAUUGUCGAAAUUAGACCUGUUUCUAGCACUACCAGGCAAGCUUCCUCUGGCUGAGACGAAGACUAUCAUGGUGGCAUAUUUUGUCUUCCCCAAUGGGACAGCUCUCACCUCUAUUGAAGUGGAAGCUAUGCUUUCUCAUCGUGACCAUUAUCCUACACUGAUAGAACUUGGCCUCAGUAACAUUGGAGAUGUCCCCGUGGCAGAGACAUCAACAAACCCUGUGACGUAUAUCCUGCUGGGCAUGGUGGGGGGACUCAUCAUUGUGCUGGCUGUCCUCACCACCUCUCUGCUGUGCACUCGCAAAAAGUACAGGACGAAGCUGAAGGCAGCCAAUGCCAGGAACUCUGCAUCCAUGGGGAAUUCGGACACACAGAAGAUUGGUACAGUGGUACCUGGAACUAACAAGUACACUACGGAAGGUGCUAACCCAGUGCUGAACCUCAAUAUUGCCACAUCUGUAGCCCUAGACCUGGACAUGGAAAGUUCAGAUGUGGACAAAGUCAGCCUUAACUCCCUGGACAACAACUACGAAACAUUCAAUGAAAAAGGAACAAUAAACAGCAUGAAGGGCAUCCAGGAAGAGGAGGAAUAUGACGAUAUGUCAAAGGACGGUGAGGCUCUGGGUUCUGCGCUGGCCCAGCUGGGUGAGAAGAAAAAUACUGUCAAAAAUCACGUUGGUUUCAACAACCCCAUAUUUGACACAACAGAUCUGUGAUUUUCACGACGGAGACUCAGACUAAAAGC